UGAGAGUGGUGAUCAGGGAGAAGAGAUGAAGAGCAAUAGUGCGGGCAGCUCACACUGAGAGGACACCUGGUGGAGCACUUUGAGGAGUUCUUAGCAGAAAGGAGGAAAGAACGAGGGAAUAAACUAGUAAAGGAGCGGAGUGACUGAGCCGAGGAGAUCAGAGCUUCACCUCGAGUUACUCCAGAAGGAGCUGAAGGUCUGAGACACACGUGAAGUCUGCUGGAGCAGUUGGAGAGAAGGGAAGAGAAGGAGCCCAAGAAGGAGAUCGAUCUGAGCAGGAGAAGAGAGGCACCGACGCAGCACUUUCCGAACGAUGCGGUUCCUCACGGCGCUGUGUCUCUUCUGUCUGCUCGCAAGCAUCCCCGCGCAGGACAGAGCGUCCUUCAGGAGGAGCAACGACCGGAGCGGCCGCUGCCAGUACAGCUUCACCGUGGACAGCCCCACGGAGGCCAGCUGCCCAGGGCCCGGUGGCGCCGACAUACAGGCUCUGCAGUCCCGGCUCACCCUGCUGGAGGCGCUGGUGAGCCGCCUGGCGGGAGGAGAAACCGGCACCGGCACGAUGGGCAAACAGGCGGCGCUGCAGGAGAAAUACGCUCAGGUGGCGGCGGAGAGGACCCGGCUGCAGAGGGACAAGGAGCGCCUGGACGCGCAGGUGCAGGAGCUGCAGGGCAGGCUGAGCGAGCUGCAGCUGGAAGCGCAGAGGCUGCGGGCGAAACCCUGCCAGCUGUCUUCCUCCCCAGGCGGCUCCCUGCAGGGCGGAGACCAGAGAGCCAGCAGCGGAUCAAGCAUCUUCCCCCACUUGGUGUCCAGACCAGGAGGACCGAGUGAGACGGCUGGGGCAAGCGAUCCCUCCUGGCAGUUUGGCAGAGCAGCUUACCAGGAGUUCAAGGCAGAAGUGACAGAGCUGCCCGCACCUCGACCAAAUCGGAAGGGCGACGAGGACAGGUGUGGGGAGCUCGUGUCUGUCAGCGAUCCUGAGACCCAUCGCAAGGCAGAUGGCAUCAGCGGGAAGUAUGGCAUGUGGCUGCAGGACCCCAACCCCAUAGCGCCUUAUGGGCCCAAGACGGUAUGGCGGAUGGAUGCGGUGGGCGCUGACGUGCGGCAACUCUUCGCUUACGAGGACAAGGAGCAGCUGGCUCGCGGCUUCCCCACGAAGGUUUUGCUGCUGCCGGAGCCGGUGGAGAGCACGGGGGCCACGGUGUACCGCGGCUCCCUCUAUUAUCAGCGCCGCCGCAGCCGUACCCUGCUGCGCUACGACCUGGCCUCAGAGAGCGUGGCGGCCCGCCGAGAUCUGCCACAUGCAGGCUUCCACGGACAGUACCCCUACUCGUGGGGGGGCUACACAGACAUAGACCUUGCAGUGGACGAGCAAGGCCUUUGGGCCAUCUACAGCACCAGCAAGGCCAAGGGAGGCAUCGUACUGUCCCAGCUGGACCCUCAUAGCCUGGAGAUCAGGAGGAGCUGGGAGACCAACAUCCGCAAGAACAUGGUCGCUAAUGCCUUCGUGAUCUGCGGGCGCCUCUACACCCUCGCCAGCUAUAGCGCUCCCAACACAACCAUCAACUACACCUUUGACACAGCAACGGGCCAAAGUAAGGCUGUCGCCAUCCCCUUCCGCAACCUCUACCGCUACAACAGCAUGGUGGACUACAACUAUGCCAACAGAAAGCUCUAUGCUUGGGACAACUUUCACAUGGUCUCCUAUGAUGUGCAGCUUGGUGACCCAGACAACAUCUGAGAAAUAAAAAUACACCAACCUCAUAAAGAUUCAGUUUCAUCUCUCUACCUAUGAUCUUUCAUUUAAAAAAAAUUCUGGAUUCUUUCACCUACCACAUAAAGCAGAUUUGAUAUCUAGACAUGGGGAUGCAAAACCCAAGCUUUAGUUUUAUACUACACUUUCAAGCCCAUCAGCAAAGCUUGUUUGAGAGUCACCACUAGAUUCACUGAUGCCUUUUUGUCUAUGGUAAAGUCUGGGUUACCAAUUAAAAUCUUAAAAAAUGUGUAUUACCUCAACAUGUCAUACUCAUUCAAAUGUGCCAUUUGCAUUUUUAGCUAUGGAUGCCACUGUAAAUAAGACAUAGUAUAUUUUUGCUAGAAAACAGCAAUAAGCACUUCUCAAAAAAAGCAGCUGGCUUCUGUAUCAUA